AUGCAUCGAAGACUCAUAAAUCACCUACCAAACAAAAACACUAUGACAAAACUACCAUUUUUAUCAUCUUCAUUUCACUCUCCUCCUCCUCCUCCACAUACAAUAAUCAUCGAUUGGGACGAAACAUUAACCACAGAAGACACCAUCCAAUACUUGGCCCAAGUUCCCUACAUCAACAGCCCUCAGCUUCAACCGAGCUUCUCCCACUACACUGAAAUAUACAUGACUAAUUACGUCAAUUACAGAUCACAGUUUGGUGAAUGUUCAACCUUAGAUGAUUAUGUGCGAUUCCAAAGUGGGAUGGAACCGGUUGAAAUGGGCUCCAUCACUGCUCUUGAAAAAGAUGGAAUCUUUCGCGGGUUAACUGAACUUCAAAUUCGCAGCCGAGAUAAACUUGUGGAAUUGCGACCGGGUGCUGUAGAGUUCCUUAAUCGAUGUUUGGCAUUAAAUAAAGAGGUUGUGAUUUUGAGUGUUAAUUGGACAAGUUUGAUAAUUGAUGAAGUACUACGUCGAAAUAGCAUCAGAACUGAAAGCGGUAAUGGAAAAGGGAUAAAGAUUGUGGCUAAUGAAUUUGAAUUUGACGAUGAUGAGAAAACUACGGGGCGUUGGUUACCUAGCCCCAAAAUACGAACGUCACAGGAUAAAUUGGACUAUAUAAACCAAAUCAAAAGUGAUACAAGUGUAAAUGGAGAUGCUAAUGCGGUAAUGUACGUUGGUGAUAGUUUAACUGAUUUAUUACCAGUUUUGAACGUCACUUAUCCAUGUGCCAUCAAAGACACUAAACUAAACACACUUUUAACACAGUUGGAAAUUGAUCAUUUUAGUGGCACUUGGUUUGAUUUUAUCAAACUAAUCAAAUGA